GGAAAUCAUUCAUAACGGAAAACUCCUGACGUGCGGACGUGAAAGUGCCGUUGAUUUCUGCGUUGAUUUCUGUCGCGUCUUUCGCUGCUUGUGUUUUGUGUAUUUUUCCCCCGUUUGCCAAAUCUAUUCUUUGCGCCUAUACUGCUCGCUACUUAAAAUAUCGGUUCGGGAAAACAAAAAGAAAAUCGUGGCGAGAAAACAAGUCAACUGAAAUAUCCCAUUCAUCUUGUUCUGCCAACUUAUUUCUAAUUGUGAAGCAACCUUGAAUUUCCACCUCGCGCUGGAAAUUGCGCAAAAUCUAUUGUUUACCGAAAACUAGUCAAUUAUCAGUGAUUUUCGCCUUUUGCAAUGUGACUUUCCAAGUGUGAUCGCAGAUUUUUUCACAUUUUGUUUGGCCAAGAAGACACUUUCUAAAAUCGGUUACUAACGCUAUUUGGAUAUCCGUACUUAAAAAGCGCACGAGAGGAUUAAGGAUUUGGGAUUACUGAUCAGGGAAAUCAAAUCGUCAGAAAUGGGCACUAUCGAGAAACGCUCGUUCUCCUUCCGGCUGCGCCGAUCCUUCGGCGAUGGUGGCAGCACCAACAGCCGCAACAGCAACAACAACAGCAGCACCUGCACCAACCACAACAACCAGAAGCGAUGCAGCACCCCACUGACGCCGACGAGCACCAGCACCGGGCGGCUGGAGGUGCCGGGAGCGGCCAGCGUGAGCCGCCGGAGCAGCAUCUACAAGAAGCCGGACAAGAACGAUGGCGGCCAGAUCCACCUCAUUCCGGACGUGGAGCUGCCGCUGAUGACCUUCGCCGACCAGUACAACAUCGAGAAGACGCUGGCCGAGGGCUGCUUCGCCAAGAUCCUGCUGUGCCGGCACAGACCCACCAGCACACUGGUGGUGCUCAAGGCGGUGCACGCCGAGCUGACCACUAUCAAGGAGUUCCAGAAGGAGUUCCACUACAACUACGAGCUGUCUCAUCACCAUCACAUACUGAGCGCCUAUGCGGUGGCCUUCCAGACAAUGGACUACUACGUGUUCGCCAUGGAGCACGCCCCCUACGGCGACUUGGCCUCCAACAUUGGACCCAACGGGCUGCACGAGAACGCCUGCAAACUGAUCUCGGAGCAGCUGAGCUCCGCCCUCGGCUUCAUGCACUCCAAGAGCCUGGUGCACCGCGACCUCAAGAUCGAGAACAUACUGGUCUUCACGCCGGACUUUACGCGAGUAAAGCUGUGCGACUUCGGGGCCACCACCAAGAAGGGUAUGCUGGUGCACAAGGUGAAGCACACGUGGACCAGCUGCGUGCCGCCGGAGCAGCUGGAGCUGAUCAAGAACGAACGCUUCCAGUGCCUGCCCGUCAGCGAUUCCUGGCAGUUCGGCAUCCUGCUGUACAACAUCCUCACCGGCAAUCCACCGUGGCAGUCCGCCGAUUGGGUGAAGGACCAGUCCUAUGCCAACUUCAUGAAGUACGAGCAGCGCAAGACCACCAAGGUGCCGGACAACUUCCGGCGCUUCUCGCCCCGGCUGAUGCGCUGCUUCCGAAAGUAUCUGAGCCACGAUCCCGAGGAUCGCUGCAAGAUCACCGAGGUGGCCAAAUACAUGAAGGACCGCUGGGUGGAGUGCCGCAUCUCCACCUCCAAGUCGGCCACGCUCAUCUCGCCCACCAACCACGACCAGGACUCCUGCAUCUACCUCAACCAGCGGGAGGGUCGUCUAUCCGGAGAUGAGAACAAGCUGCGCUUUAAGCGCAUGAUGUCCACCUACGGACUGGACAUUCCCAUCGACCAGGCGAUGGUGCGGCGGCGGGUCUGGGACUGGCUCUCCACCUGCGAUGCCAACUUCGAUCCGGAAGUGGAGAGUCUGCACGCCCUGGAUCUGCUGCAGUAGAGUAAGAGUUAUCUCCAGCAAUGAAAUCCCCCUGAAAAUCCCAACAAAAAAAGAGAGAAACCGGAAUACAUAAAUCACCUCUGGAUUUUUUGAAAGAUUUUGGAAAAACAUACAAAGAAAAAAAACUGAAA